AUGCCUCAGUCGUGUAGCUACAGCAUGAGUGUGCUGCCCUCCAGCCGCUCCUGCAAGCUCCAACUUACCAGUACUUCCGGGAGAAGGCUCUCCAUUGAGAUGGUGUUUGGGCUGCAGCAAGGCGACUCGGACAUCUUCCUCAGCAGCCAGCUUACAGAGGACAUCUUCACCCCAAGCACGACGUGGUCAGAGAGCUACGCUGUGGCAGAGGUGAAGUUCUUCAGGCAUAUCGGAGGGCAGGCCCAGCAUGGAGCCUUACACCUCAAAUGCCUGCAGCUCUUUGCUGGCAUCCUGGUGGGCACAGGCUUUUCUACCUCUGUCUUGAAGACAGUUGCCAUGCACCUCCUCAACACCAUACCGCUGGUCAUGGAUGCAACCAAGUUCUUCGUGUUGGUUGUGCAAAGCAUCAUCCAGCUCCCACAGAAGGUGGGCUAUGAGCUGGAUGAGGCCACGCGCGAGCGCGUGCAGCAGCAUGCGGAGCACCUGAGCCGGGAGAUGACUCGGCUGCUGCGGGAGCUGGAGCAGAGCACCUCUCAGUGGCAGUUGUGGGCGGUUGCUGCAGUCCUGGUCCUGCUCUUCAGACUCCGCUGGUGGCUCUGGAAAUCGAGCUGUGAGGAUGAGGAGUACGAGGAGGAAGAGGAGCCAUUACAUAUUUACAGAUUUCUCGAUGAGUACACGUCAUGGCCACUGCCAAACAGGCAAAGAAUAUGCACAUUGGUGGAAGAGCUGGUGAACGACCUUCUCUGUGCCUGCCGAAUCCUCUCCAGCAAUAACUUCAUGCCACGGGUGCAGCCAGCUGUUGGUGUGGGCGGCGUUCUGGAAGGGUGGAGUGCCUUUGGAGAAGAGCUUGUCUAUCGAUUGCUUGUCCCUCUGAAGCCACCCCCUGGGCACUCCUUCCACCUCGAGUUGGGCAGCAAAGGAGAUAUGCUGGUGAGGGACGCACACGUGCGUGUGGAACUCGAGUGCAUGUGCACAAGGGAGCGGCGGCUGGGGGACAUGUUGUGCUUCCUCCACCACCCUGAGGAUGAGCUGAUGAGCAGUCAGGAAAUCAGCCUCCUACAAACCCUCUGCACCGCCUCGUACCUUGAUGUGCAGAAAACCGCCUUCUGGCUCCAGGACCUGAUGACAGCAGCCAGUGUUGCUGUGCCUUGGGCAGACACAUGUAACCUAACAGUGUUGCCCUCUACACGCUUCUGCAAGCUCAAGCUGACCAGCCCUGUCAAGACUUCCCUCUACAUUGAACUGAUCUUAGCGGUGCAGCAAGUCCUAGUCCUGCUCUUCGAGCUCUGCUGGUGGGUGGCUCAGGAAAAAGAUGCUGUCAGCCAGCAAGCAGUGGUGGAGACCUCCCACAGCAACACAGAGUGCGCUGAGGUAUUCAGUGAACGAGAAGAUUCUGAUGAAUAUGAGAGGUGUCGCUUCAGGAGUUUUACAAAGCGCAUCCACUCAUCAGCACAGCGCCUGGCCUACAGGAGCCGGGUGGUGGAAGAGACUGGUGGGUCUCUCCAAGAGUGCUUGUCAAAUAGUUCCUUCCCAGUCCUGCAGCCAGCCAUCAGCAUGGGCAGUGCCUUCAAAGGUUGGAGUCCCUGUGGGUGUGAUGCUGUCUACCUGGUGCAGGACCCGGCCACCUACGUCAAGGCAAUGAGUGAGUUCGAUGAACUGCAAGAGCGAUUCACGGAACUGCUCUUCUACAGACACUGA